AUGAAGUUCUUAAAGACUGAGGGAAAAGUAUUUGCAAGUUCAUUAUACGAAAAGUAUAAAGCAACUAAAGAUAAAUACCCCAAGACAUUGUUAGAUAUGUUUAUAAAGAGGCUUGAAGAGCAGAAAGAAGGUAAUAUUUUUGGCUCUAUUGUAGAUAACAAACUAAAAUGUGUAAGUGCAGAAGCUACGUGGAAGAAGAUUAAUAGUAUAGGAAGCUUUUUAACAAGUAUUACAGAGCCUAAUGAACUUAUUGGAUUAUACAGUGAUAAUAGAGAAGAAUGGCUUGUAUCAGAGUAUGCAUGUUAUUUUGCUAAGUGUACCAAUGUAGUCUUAUAUUCAACAUUUCAAACUGAUGCAUUGAAUGCAAUACUUGAUGAAAUUAAAGUUAAAACUAUUUUUGCUUCAGCUAUUAAAGCUAAAAAAUUAGUUGUUGAUAUUCUAGAAGAUGACAGAAAACAAUUGAAAAAUCUUAUUAUGUUUGAUAAAGAUGAAGUAGUUGCUGACAUGUAUAAAAAGAUAGGUAUUGAUGUAUACUUCUUUGAAGACAUUUUAACAGAUAAGUGUGUUAAAAAUGUUAAACAAAGGAAGUUCUGUGAACCUAAUGAUUUAGCUACUAUCUGUUAUACCAGUGGUACUACAGGUCUUCCUAAGGGAGUUAAGUUAACUCAUAAGAAUUUUAUGUCUUGUAUAAGAGGAUUUUUAAUUGGAAUGGAAGGUGGUUUAUAUCCUGAUUUGAAAAAUAUGAAAAGUCUUAGAUACAUGUCUUAUCUUCCGUUAGCACAUGUCUUAGAGAGAAUAUGUGUAUCUAUCGCAGUUUCAUGUGGUGCUACUGUUUGUUUCUUUAGAGGAAUAAAGGAAAAGAUUUUAGAUGACUAUCAGAUUAUUAAGCCUGUGUUUGUACCAGCUGUGCCUCGUGUACUUAAUGUUUUCGAAGAAAAGAUUAAAACGGAAAUUGCUUCUUUAGGAUGGUUUAAAAGAUUCUUAGUUGGAUUGGGAAUCAAAUAUAAGAUAUUUAUGCAGAUGUUUGGAAUUUAUACUAGUUGGGUAUUUGACUUCUUGAUAUUUAAGAACAUUUAUAGGAAAUUUGGAGGUAAUAUCGAGUAUAUUCUUUGUGGUGGUGCUUCUAUUAAUCCAAGUACAGUUGAGUAUUUACAAGCGGUUCUUUCAUGUAGAAUUUUCCAAGGUUAUGGACAGACAGAAGGAUUGGCUGCUAACAUAGUUCAGUCUAAAUCAUCUACUUCUGUUGAUGGCAUGGGUGUUCCUUUCCCAAGUUGUUUAGCAAGAUUGAAGAAAGUUGAAGGAUAUGACGGUAUGUGUGCGGGUGAAUUGCUUCUGUAUGGAGAUUCAAUUUUCCAAGGAUAUUACAAGAGACCUGAAGUAACUCAAGAAGCAUUUAUUAAAAUCGACGGUGUUGAAUGGUUGAAAACGGGUGAUAUUUGUUCUUUCGAUGAGGGUGAGUUUCAUAUUAUUGGAAGAGCCAAGGAGCAAUUUAAAACAUCUUAUGGUGAGUAUAUUAAUCCAGAGAAGAUUGAAAAUGUUUUAAGUGGUGGUUUAAUAAGUGACAUGUUCAUAACAAGUACAAGAACAUCUGAUUUCUUAUUAGCAAUAGUAGUAGUAAAUGAUGAAGCUGACAUGAAUGAAGAUUUUGUUUUAACUGAAAUAAAAACACGUGGUUUAAUUGAAGCUAAUAGUGGAUCUAUUAAUAAGUAUGAAAUUCCAUCAUUUUGUUAUGUCAUUAAUACCCCUUUUAAUGAAUUAGAUGAUGGAAAUCUUGUUACUCCAACACUUAAAAAGAGACGUACAAAACUUUAUCAAUAUUUCAAGGAUGAAAUUGAGAGGAGAUUGAAUAAAUAA